ACGGCCUGAGCGAAUCUAGACUGCGUAACUAGCUACCUACAUAUGCAAUGUCUAACAGACUAAUACCGCGUCCGCAGCAGUGGGAGCAUCGCCGAUUCGAAGAAUGCGCUCCUCCCGCCGCCACAUCGUGAUCCCCUAUGCACGGGGGGCGCUUGAAAGGCAGAUUGCUCGUAUACUACUAACUCAGAGCCACUCGAUGUCCUCGGACGCGUCAAGAAUGACGAAGGUGUGCUGUUAUAACUCCAGCUUCUUGGGCUUUGCUUUGCUAUUUUAUACUACGGUACCAAACGGCUGAUCGUUGCAUGUAGGAUACGAUACAUAUAUUGGGUCUGUUGACUAGAAGAUACCCAGCGAGAGGGGUUUGACUCGUGAAACGAGGCUCG